GAAAAAGAAAAGAAAAGAAAAGAGGGAGGGGAAAGGCAAAGAAAGAGAAAGAAAGAAAAAUAAUAAUAAUAAAGCCAAAAAAGAAAGAAGGAAAAGAACAAAUUAAAUAAAUAAAGAUUAAACUUCCUUCGGAUCCGAAAGUGGCAGGAAAGUGCCUGGCAAGUUGCAGGGAUGGAGCUCCAGAGCUUGCAAGAGGCAUGAAAAGUGGAAAUCCAAUGUCAUCAGAAACUAGUUGCACAGAUGAAGCAAGAUCCACAGAACGGGGAUCUUAAGAAACAAAUCCACGAAAGGCAAUCAAGAAUAGCAGCUCUUAAUGAAAAACAAACAUUGGGAACUAUCACUGCAGUGCCCAUUAAAGUUCCUCAGGUCAGCUCCUUGCAGAGGUUGGCAGGACAAGGACCAGCAGUGCUACCUCAGGUUAGGCCAAAGACCCUGAUUCCAGACAGCCUUCCUAUUUCCCCAUGCAGAGACCAACCAUCCAAACAGCCUCCUGCUUUCCAAAAGGCAACAGUAGUCAGCAUCAAAAACCCCAGCCCUGCCCUCCCCACUGCCAAUAACACUGUCAGCCAUGUACAGACGCUUAACAGCCAGUCACACAGUGUUGCUGAGUCUGCAUCCAUUUCAUCACCUCUGAGCAGUGCGGGUGUGGCCUAUGCCAUCAUAUCCACCUCCCCAAACAAUGCAGCUCCUAUCAGCACCAGCGCUACUGUCUCUGUGGUCAACGAUAGCAUUAAAGUACAGCCACUCCUCAUCAGUGCUGACAGCAAGGUUAUCAUUAUUCAGCCUCCAGUCGAAACCCAGACAGAAAGUAAAGUGGAGACAAAGAAAUCUCCUGAAGAGUCAGCUCAGGGACCCCCUGCUACCAAAAAGAAAAAGGAGGAAAAUCCAGAGAAAAUUGCCUUUAUGGUAGCAUUAGGCCUGGUUACUACAGAACACUUGGAAGAAAUCCAGAGCAAGCGUCAGGAAAGAAAGAGAAGAAGCACAGCAAAUCCAGCCUACAGUGGACUAUUGGAAACAGAGCGGAAACGCCUUGCAUCAAAUUAUUUGAAUAAUCCCUUGUUCCUUUCUGCAAGAGCAAAUGAGGAUCCAUGUUGGAAGAAUGAGAUCCAUCAUGAUGAACACUGCACAGCAUGCAAGCGUGGCAUUAACUUGCAGCCCUGUGGCACAUGUCCUAGAGCAUAUCAUCUCAACUGCUUGGAUCCUCCUCUGAAGACUACCCCCAAGGGGGUUUGGAUCUGCCCAAAGUGCCAACAGAAGGUGUUAAAGAAAGAUGAAAAUGUGCCAUGGACUGGAACUCUGGCUAUUGUUCACUCCUAUGUUACUCAUAAAACAGUCAAAGAAGAAGAGAAAAGAAAGUUAUUAAAGAGAGGCAGCGAGCUGAAGAGUGAACAUAGACAGCUAGAAGAAAAAGAUCGACUUCUCAACAAUGCAAUGAAAAAAUGCUUAGAGCUAAAGAACAGCCUGUUGGCUCAGCAGAAAGGGACGCAGUCAUCACUGGAACGUCUCAAAACUCUCAUUAGACUGAUACAAAAUGAGCAGAUGAUUCAGGUUACCAUGACGACAACUACCACCUCCUCCCUGCUAACCGUCCCCUGGAUCAAACCUUCAUCUGCCUCUGCUGCCAUGCACAAAGCCUUGCAGCAAUCACAGGGUAACAACUGACAGAGCCCGCUGUGAAAAAAUGGGGGCAAGAAAUAAAAAAAAAACUGUUUACACGUGUGCAAAGGAGAAAUGAAACAGACACAAAGGGAAGUGGAAGGAAUGGAGAAACAAUCUCACUUUUUAUACGCAUAGAAUUUACAAACCAAUCAGUCCAGUUUGUAGGUCACUGUGGCAGCAACUUCCCACAGAGUGGGUUUUGCUGCAGUUUUGUAUUUGCUGAGACCUUCAGUGCUUAUGAGAUUUCUUUUUGUUAUGUUGGCCUUAAUGUAUCUAUGAAUAAGAAGGACCAGGAAAAGUAUGGCCGAUAGAAAAUAGAAUAUUCUUUUCUGGGGAAGGCAGACAAUUUUACAGUUCUGCUUUAAGGAAAAAAAAUUAAAUACAAAGAGUUAGUAAGCUAGUAGUUAGGUAGUUGGGCUUAAAGCUACGUGGGGGAGGGAAAUCAGUAAUAUAAGAAGGAACUGAAUUACUUAGGACUUUCCAUAGAUUCCUAAUGAAAUGAACAAGGUCUGCCGCAUUGAUUCAGGUGAACUGGAAAUGGGGCUGUUUUGUCAAGAAUGACGUCAUGGACACUCACAGAGCCUUCAAAACAAAAUAUCAUUUUUUUCAGUAUUAUUAUAGUUGAGAAUUGCAGAUAUUUAAAUAAAAACUGUAUGAAGUUAGCAUUUCUAGUAAAAUAUUGAAGUAUUUUCAUGCUGAUGCUUCUGUAUAUGCGUUCUGAAGUAUUUAAAGAAGUAUGACUGUAAAACUCCUUACUUUUUUGCAGGUCCUUUUUACUUAUUUUGCUAUUGAUGUAUUUUUCUCAUGGAGUUAUUGUGCAAGAUUUAGCAUAAACCAUAUUAGUGGAUAUAUUUGGCAG